UCAUCCACCUACACCCUCAAACUGCCUGAAGCCUUGCACCAGCAUUGCAUUAAGCUGACAUUCCACAUCUCAUGGUUGUGUCUGCAUGAGCCAAACGAUGACCUGCUGUUCUCCUGCAGGGAUGUCGCCGUGUUCUAUAACUUCAGUCAGCCUGACGAGGAGGAGGUCCUUGUCAAGGACAUCAUUGCUCACUGCUGGAGGCAUAAUGCCAUUCAGUUCUUGCUGCAAUUUGAAGAUGGCGACGUGAUUUGGCAGACCUACAAUGUCUGCAAGGAUCUUGAAGUGCUCGACCAUUAUCUCGACCUGCAGGGAGUAAUGGACUGGCAUAAGUGGCUGAAGCGGGCAGCUGCUACUCACCUGUGA